GCCCGACGUGCACGAGAGUUUAUGGGAGAACUUUGGGCGUUGCUGGUCGAGGCUGAUGAAGCAGAGGAUGGCAUACCACGCAGCUUGGUAGAGAAGAAAAUCGAAGAAUUGCGUAAGGAACCACGACCUGGGAAUGGUGAUGUGAAACCGGAGCCAACCCCACAAUCUGAAGACUGGGCAACUAGGUAA